AUGAGAUAUCAAUAUUUCAGUCUAUCAACCUCUAACUCGACACAACUUGCAAUCAACAUGGUUACUUCUGAAUCAGAACACCGCCCAUUGAACGUUCUCAUAUCCGGAGCGGGCAUUGGUGGUCUUGCAGCCGCAGCAGCAUUGAGGCAGGCUGGGCAUCUCGUACAGGUAUUCGAGCGUUCAAGCUUCAAGAACGAGUACGGGGCUGCCGUCAGCAUCUCUCCCAAUGCCAAUGGCAUUCUGCGUGAGCUCGGAUUGGCCCUUGAAGAUGUCGGCGGCGUGAACGCCGCAAAGGUCAAUGAAUACGCGAUACAAAUAUCCCUGGCAAUACAUCCACCGCGUCGAUCUCCACAGCGGCCUCAAAGACAUCGUCACCUCCCCACCGGCACCGGCACCCCCGUCACCAUCCACCUCGGCCACCGCGUCUCCUCCGUCGACAACGACACCGCUACCCUCACCCUCGAGAACGGCGAGCGCAUCCACGGCGACCUCGUCAUCGCCGCGGACGGCGUCAACUCCGUCCUCCGCAACAACGUAGACCACAGCGGUAUCCACCCCUCCCCCUUCGGCCUCUCUACCUACCGCUUCCUCAUCCCCGCCGACGUCCUCUACGCCGACCCUCAAACCCGCCGCUUCAUCGAAACUGGCGAGUUCGAGCUCUGGAGCGGCGGCAAUAACAAACUAGUCCUCUACCCGUGCCGCAGCGGCACCGUGCUCAACUGCGCCUUCCUCAUCACCGACGAAAACCCGCACGAAAACAAGAAAGAAAUGACCGGCGAAACCAUGAAGCAGAUAGUCCUUGACAUCGUCAAAGACUGGCACCCAGACAUCACCACCCUCAUCCACAAAGUCGACCCUUCCGCCAUGGGCUACUGGCCACUCUACGACAUGCCUACCCUGCACACCUGGACCAGCGGUCGUACCGCCCUCCUCGGCGACGCCGCCCACCCCUUCCUCCCCUUCCAAGGCCAAGGCGCCGCCCAAGCAAUCGAAGAUGCCAUCGCGCUCGCUACCCUCCUGCCACUGCCGCAGACCACCCCCACCGACGUCCCCGAGCGCCUACGGCUGUACCAGCAGGCGCGCUUCGAGCGCGUGCGGCUGAUACAGCAGCACUCGCGCGACGUCGGCAAGGAGGACCAGGAGGUGACGAGGGUGAAUAACGGAACAGCGGCGUUCCUGUAUUUGGACUACAAUUUUGCGCAUGAUGCGCGGGCCCAUGCAGCGGGGCUGCUGGCGGCGAAUGCGGGUGCACAGAUGCAGAGCGUUUGUUAA